CGCAUGCGUACACUGGUGGCGAGGCUCCGGGCUGCUCUUGCAAACUGAGUUUUGUUCGCCAGACUUCACUAGAAAGAGGCCUUUCUGGAGCGUAGAUAUGUCAACAAGUGACUUUUAUUUGAGAUACUAUGUGGGACACAAGGGAAAGUUUGGACACGAGUUCCUGGAAUUUGAAUUCAGACCAGACGGUAAACUGAGGUAUGCAAACAACAGCAACUACAAGAACGACGUCAUGAUCAGGAAAGAGGCAUAUGUACACAAAAGCGUGAUGGAGGAACUGAAGAGGAUCAUCGACGACAGUGAAAUCACCAAAGAGGAUGAUGCACUGUGGCCGCCUCCUGACAGAGUUGGCAGACAGGAGCUGGAGAUCGUCAUCGGGGACGAGCACAUUUCAUUCACAACUUCCAAAAUUGGCUCCUUGAUUGACGUCAACCAGUCAAAGGAUCCUGAAGGUCUUCGUGUGUUCUACUACCUGGUCCAAGACCUGAAAUGUCUCGUCUUCAGUCUGAUCGGACUACACUUCAAGAUCAAGCCCAUCUAAAUGGUGGAUUUUGCUCAUUUUAAUUACUUUAGCUGAUGUUUCUGUUGUACUACCGCAUUUGUACAUUUGCUUUUGGUGGAACUGUUUUUUUAAUUUUAAAUAAAGAGUGAGGGGAAAAAACAAA